GGGAAUUACCUGUGUUUCUUCGGCGCGUGCAAGGGCUGGUGGCUGCAGCAUCAUUAUCAUUUCAAUGUUUGCUCGGGCAACACGCGCAAUUCCGCUGCUCUCCCAUAACAAGGACCUCCUCCUUCGAGUUAUUUUGCGCUUCGGUGGUCGACGUUCGAACAAUGUUUGCGGAGUCAUUUCCAUCAGAGGUUCCUAUCCAGACUUCCCUGCGCAAGCGAAAGAGGGAUUCCGAAGAACCCAUGGGCGACUCGGGAAGACCUAUCAGACGCAUGCGGCCCUGUGAUGAACCACAAGUAUCAGUGUGGUUGGAGGAAAUGUUCGACAUUGGUGCCGAGGCCGUGGAUUUCCCGUCGGAAUUGAGCUUUGACGAUUUGGUUACCUUCGAUGAGAGUUUCUUCGAUGCAGAGACCGUCAUAUUGGAGUGGGAACCCCCUCUGGUUGAAAUCGUUGAUACCGAUCGUGGUGUGAAAGUUCGUUUUGCAAAUGAAAUUCCCGGAGAGGUUUUGGAGGCACAUCUUCGUCACCAUGCUUCUGGGAGAAAGGGAAUUUCCCCUGUUGUGCGUUAUUGGUGUAUGCGUGAGUUCAGCGAACUUUGUCCUGGAGCUCCUUGCUACGAUUUUGAUUUAGUGUAGCUGCUUCAAUUUCGUUGGAUCGCUGUUUGAUGUUCCUUAUUAUUAUUAUUUUUUUUUGAUGUAUUUUGUUUGUGUUCAAUAUAUAUAUACAUUUUAAAUGUGAUAGUGUUAGGUUAUCUAUUUUAUGUUUGUUAAAUAUAUGUGUAUUUAAUUU